AUGGGGAACCACGGCGCGGGCAGUGCCGUGGCAGGGCAGGCAGGAGAGGACGCGGACGACCUUCCAGCGCAGCCGCCGCCCAAGGGCGAGGCACAGGUGGCCCUGAUGAUCGCGGCGCGGGUGAAGGACGUGCGAGACAAGCUCGAGUCGCAAGUGAAGGGAUUGAAGGAGCAGUUGGAGGCGGAGAGAGCGGAGGCGAGGGACGCGGCGAGCGAGCUGAGAGACGCGGCGAGGGAGGUGGAUAAGCGGGAGGCGGCGGAAAUAGCGGACGUGCGAGCGACAGUGUCGCACAUUGAGGCGCGGAUGAACGAUGUGGAGCUGGCGGUGGCGGAGGGGAAGAGCGCGCGGGAGAAGCCGCGCGCGGAGCGCAGCGACGGCAGCGACAGGAGCGUGAAGAAGCAUGCAGAGGCGAAGGAACGCGAGGGGAAGAAGAAGAAGAGGGAGGUCAAAGGGGAUGAGCUGGCAGAACGUGGUGGUGCUGCGGACGACGAUGCAUCGCACGAAGAACUGUGGCUUCCAGCAAUUAGCUGGAAGCCUUCCCGGUGA